GAGUCGGGCCGCGUGGUCGCGUCAGUAACGCCGGAGCCUCCGUACGGGAGAGUCACGUCCGGCGAGCGCCCAGUGAACGCGGCCAGCAACUCGCGUCUACGCGUCCGUGUGUCUUUUCUUAAUCGACACCGAAUCGCAUACCGCGUCUCGACACUCUUCGCCCUCGAUCGCGCGUGCGUUCGCGUCGCGAGACGACAUCGAUCUGAUCGAUCCGAGUGCGCGCGCGAAUUCUUCCAACACGCACGCGUUUGCUAAAUUUGCUCCGACUGUCGAAGACUCGAAAAGACCGGGGUGAAGUUUGCGACAGUUGGUGGCGCGCUGCCCUCGACGACGGUCAGUGGAAUCACGGCCGCGGGAAGUGAUAUCGAGGAGUCAUGCGGGCGUACGCGCGUUGCGCUCUCGCGCUCGUCGCGGCGAUCGCGACGGCCGUCGUGUCGGAGCCGAGCGAGCUGGCCAGGUCGGAAGAGACGAUCGUCCUCAAGUGCUGCCGGCACGACGAGGAGCUGCUGCUGCUGGACGGCGUCGAGCCGCCGCGCUGCGAGCCGACUCCGAACAAAUGGAAGCCGUUGAUUUAUAACAUAACGACGAACAACUGGCAGGAAGAGCUGCCCACCCACUGGCGCGUCGUCGACGGCCGACGGCCGGGGUGCGGCGACCAGUCGGAGCUGAUCGUCUGGCCCAACCGGAAGGCCACCCCGGUCAUCCUGAUCGAGAACGGGAACGCGGUGCUCGAGCUCCGCAGCUCCAAAGAGGACUCGAAGUCCUUUCUCCCCAGCCAGUACUGCGCCGAUUCCAACGCCCUGCUUGUGUGCAUGCCGAAGAAAUUGGCGGGCAAUCACGCCGCCGCGACCAUGAGGCCGCAAGUGCGACGCUGCUGCGGCGAAAACGCCAGCUUCCACGAACACGGAAAUACCUGCGUGUUGCUAGCGGAGACCGCGGACGCACCACCUCUGCUGCCGAAGGCGUCGUCCGUCGAGAUCGUGGCCGGAUUUCCCACCUGCCCGAAAUCCGACAAUUUCACCAUCGUCGGCAACGCGGUAGACGGCGCGCUGCAGCCCGACGGCAGCCUCGAGAUAAACGGGAUCGUUUUACCUAGCGGCCAGUUCUGCGUCGAGAGGAUUAAGGAACUCAACCAGGUCGCCAAGGUGUUCGCCUGCCCGGAACAUACUCCGCAAAGACCCGCGGUGAAAGCGACAGACAUCAGAUUCACCUUGUAUCCCGUGGGCUUCAUCAUUAGCGCCGUCUUCCUGGCCGCCACCCUGGCGGCCGGCUGGCUACUACCGGCCUCUCAUCACGUUCUGCACUGGCGUUGCCAGACUCAUCAUGUCGCCUGCCUGAUGAUGGGCGAUAUUCUCAUGGCCAUCAUUCAGCUCGCCGGGGAUUGCCUCCACGGUACAAGCUGCAAGGCGCUCGCGAUCAUGGCGCACUUCUUCUUCCUGGCUGCUUUCUUCUGGCUGAACACGAUGUGCUUCAACAUCUGGUGGACGUUUAGGGAUUUGCGACCAGUGAGCUUGGAGAAAGGGCAGGAGACCCUUAGACUCAGGGUCUAUGCCUGCUACGCCUGGGGUGGGCCCUUACUUGUCGCCGGCCUGGCCGCGCUUUUGGACCACCUACCGCCUCAACCGCAGUACACGUUUCUGAGGCCCCGCUUCGGCGAGAAGCAGUGCUGGUUCUAUGGUGACAUGGAAAUCCUGGCGUACUUCUUCGGACCGAUCGGAGUGCUGCUGGCCAUAAAUCUUAUGUUUUUCGCUGUAACCGCUCGCGAAUUGACAUGCGGCCUCUGGAAAGGCGAAUUCGUCAAAAGCACCACUGAGAGGGCGACGCUGGGCCGCAUAUGUAUGAAACUAGUGAUCGUGAUGGGUGUCACCUGGGUGGCCGACGUAGUCUCAUGGGCUGUCGGCGGGCCGCAGUACAUCUGGUACUUCACCGACCUGAUAAACGCCUUCCAGGGCGUGCUGAUCUUCGCAGCGGUGGGCUGCCAGCCGCAGGUCCGUGCGGCGCUCAAGAGAUUCUUCAGCAGGAACCCGCAGACCAAUGCCGGAAGACAGGGUAACGGCCACAGCACGACCAGCCACGGGAUGCCGAGCAUGGGCGACAGCGUAACGCAAAACCCGAGCACCAAAACCGCGCCGUUGGAGACCAUCUGCUAGAACGGUUGCCCUCAUGGCACACGGGCGUCUCAUCGCGUCAGUCGCAUCGCCGCGAGAGUCGUCGGGCACGCUCGGUUGGCCGAUAAGCGCGAUGAGAGCAAUCCGAUUUGAAUCGUGAUUGAAGCUACCGAGAGGUUGGCUUGCGGCUGCGAUUCAACAUCCGGCGAAGUUUCCGCCGCGGGCAAACUCGCGCGGCGACGAACGAGAGGGUCGUAAACGGGGGACCCGUAGGAGCGGCCUCCGUUCACCAGCGAUCGCACCUUGCGCGUCGACGAUUUGUCCGCGGUCAUAAACGGCAACCGCGUCUCUUCCGCUCGACUUUUAUCUUUACCAGCGAGGUACCGUUGACAAGCUUCGCGAGUUAGUAUGUUGCCGUGUAAUAACGGUUACGCUAAUCAACGACCGAAGGAUAUUUUCGCAGGAUCGAUUUGACCAAGAGGCCUCCCCUCAAGUUCAUUGACCCGCGAAGGUUGAGGAAUCUCGCUGAAAAAAUGUUUUCCCGUUGACAUCUCCUUGAUACAGAACGCGAGUUUAAGGGGAGCGAAUGUCUGGAGAAUAUCCGAAAGUGUUCAGCACGCCUUCGCGAACGUAUGUCGGGUGUGUGUUUUGUACUUUCUCGCUGUUUCUGAGCUUUCGCGAUAGCGCAAUUUCGUGCAGCAGUACGAGGGGGGGGAGGGAAAUUAUUUACGCUCUUUCCCAUCUGGCCGUAAAAUUUCGCACGAAGAUAUGAAAUUUUCUUCUCGUAGAAAAAAAAGAGCCGGUAGCAACGAGGAAAGACGCGCGUACGAAAGUCACGACGGAAUAAGUUCGACGGAAUAGUCGUCAACGUCAUCGUGUUUCGCGAACAUCUGUCGAGCGAGACACGAUCGGGGGAAUUGGCGGCGCGUACACGAUUAUCUGAAAUCUCGGUGGUGAGCUCGCGGGCCGUUCUCGCUCGAGCGGGUGCUGACCGCCAACGAUCUAUCAGGUCCGCACGAGGCAAACGCACUUCGUCCUAGUCAUUGGAUCUGAGAACUGGAUACACUCGCGCCGACAAAGAUAGAUCGCGAAAUUCCGCUGACGAAAGAACGGGGAACGGCUAAUUGUCCAUUCCUGUUUUGGUACUGCCGGACUUACCGUCGCGCGAUCCAUCUUCCCCGACAUAAGCAAUUACUCACCGCGCGCAAUUAACAGAAACUCUUUGCCGCGAUAUCUCGUCGAUCUCGCAUUACGGGAGCGCUUUCGCGCACGUUCCUCCCUUUCGUUUCUCUUCCUCUGCGUACGGCAUACGUAAUAUCGAGAGGCUGACAGAAAUUACGCGGGGAUUUCGAUGCCCCGGAAUUGCGCUCGGUUUCACGUUUGGCCGUUUCGAAUCGCGAUAUUUCAGCUCGAGUUCGGCGCUUUCGCGCUCGAGGCACUUCCAGCCGAGACGAGACACUGUACAGAUGUCCGUAACAUUCAAUUUAUCACGAGCAGCGUGACGCGAGAGCAAGUGCAGAACAUUCGUGGCGACGGGUGUUAAUCCGGGCGAUGCAAAUGUUCAAAAGGCACGCGUCUAUUUCGAUCUUUUCUAAUGUCUCUUCGUCGCGUGUUCCGCGCAUGGCACGGACAAUUGCUACCCGUGUUUCGCGCACCGUGCUCGCUAAAAGUCAAUCGGUGCGUCAUCACUGAAAACAGUUAUAAACGUAGCGCUGAGUUAUUCAACUGUGAAGACCCAUUGUUUUCAGUGAUACUCCACUGACUGACUGACUUUUAAGGCCUGCGUCCACGAUUGGCCUAGCCAGAACUAGGUCCAAGUUCUAGUACCGAGAAAUGUGCGGCCAAUCAACUCGCAGCUAUCCCAUGAAAGCUGCACUCUCCAAAAGUCAAUCAGUGAAUUAUCACUGGGAAUAGUGAGUAUACUACCGAAAAUUGCACACGGAGAGAAUUUUCUCUUAAAAAAUUCAUAAAAUUCGUAUGGCUCAAAUGCGAUUGUUCGCCGCUUUCAGUGAUAAACCGCCGAUUGACUUUUAGAGAGCAAGACUAGAUUGGCUACACGUUUCUCGGAACUAGAACUUGGGCCGAGUUCCAGCAUCGUUGACGCAGGCCGUCAGAGAGCGAAUGUUCAUCCGUCGCCGCCUGGAUGCAAUCCGAAGGCUGUUUAAACAUUUUCAAAUUUUCCUAUCCGCCUGAAUGAAAAAAAAAGGGGGGUGUUCGGAAUUUACCUUCGCCCGGAGAAGGGGGGGGGGCGAGAGCGUGUCUUCGCGCAGCCCCGCGAAACCUAUUCGGACACGCAUCGUUCAUAAAUCAGAGUUCGUAAUGGCUCUACGCCGCUAAAACAGACAAUGACGCGUACUCUUCGGACCUCGGUAACGGGCAGAAACAAUGCGUGAUUUAUGAUCGCGGCGAGUUAAUAUUCGUUUUUCCUUUCCUCCGGCGGACAACGAUAUUCAUUGAUAUUAAUAAUAUCGGCUCGCGACGAGCGCAAGU